AGCUGUUGGCUUUGGCACUGCAUCCGUGAGGCCAUGGCCGCUCUAGGCAGCUACAAGUCUUCUGCUUUCAAAUUGGCAUGAAUGGCCAGGGUGGGAGAAGAUAGCGAGUCGGAUGACGGGCCGCAGGAUGUGGAGAUCGAGCUGGAACUGCCACAGUACAAGAUCGAUGAGCUUUUGGCACAGCUCCAAAGUGAAAACUCCACGCUGAAGGCAGAGUUCCCUUUGGCCCACAUAGCCAACAUCGCCCCCAAAGGCGUGCCGGGGCCUCGACGCGCUUCUGCCGUGUCCCAGGUGUUGGGCGAUUCCUCGGCCUUGCGUGCAGCGGAAGAGUGGGACCCCUUGGCAAAGCUCGCGCACUUCAAGCAGCUGCAGGCCCGGUACUCGGCAGUGAAGGAGCAAAUGGAGCGAGCGGAGAGCACGAAGCGCUUGCUACAGCAAAUGCCCGCGGCUGGAGCACAUGCCCCUGUGACCUCAGUAAAUGCGGAAGAGCCAAACAUCACGCCGCCAGAGUUCCCGCCUGCCGGAGGCUUGCCAUUUCCUUACUGCGGAGUUCCCGGAAUUCUUUCCCCGCGUGCGAAGCCGCCCGCAGAGCCCAGCAAGGACUUCACAGACGGCGAUGUGGCCUAUGAGUCCGUGCGGGACAUUGCCAGGGAGGAGGGGCCAUCAGUGCACACACGGAUGACCAAGGAGGAGCUGAUGCUCGCCAAGGAUGGUAUGGACAUGACCUUGAACCACCUGCGAACCACGGGCGCCCGCAUGGCCACGGAAGUGCGGGAGCUGAAUCGGAAGAUGGACGAAGCGCAAAACCUCUCGGAGCUGAGGCACCUGGCGCCGAACGACCCCGAGCUUUGCGACGAGUUGGUUCGACAACAGCGCCUUAUCCAUGAGCAGCAGCGCUUGGCGGAUGAAGCACGCCUUGAGCUGGAGAUGGAGAAGGAAAGGACCUUCUGGCUGCGGAGGGACAAGAUUUUGCAGCCAGAUGAGGUGGAUGACUUCAUGUUGGAAGGGGAGCCUGCUGAAUACCCCAUGGAAGAGGAUGAAGUCAUUGCAGGAACGCGAGCCACCACAAACCAGUACCCAGCAAUGCGGCACAUGAUGCCAGAGCUUGUUCCUGAAGGAUCAGGUCCUGCAUCCCGAUACCGAAUGGAACUCCCAGCUUCCAGAGAGUACCACAGCCGCGUCGCUUACCAAGCCGCCAGCCUUGGCUGGCCUUCUCCGGCUGAGGCUUUAGCCAUCGCCGAUGAGUCAAACAGCCGCCCAAGCCCCCGGAGUCCGCGACGUGAACGCAGCCCAGCGGAGCGUGAGCCUGAUCCCCAGCCCUCACCUCGGGCAUCUCCUCGCGAGCCGGAAGCGCGGAACUUCUUCGCCGGCUAUGGCCAGCGAGGCGCGAGCUCCGAUCAUGGCUUUGUGGGCCGCGGGCAGCUGGAGCCAGAUCUCAACGAGCCGGACGAGCCGGACGAGCCGGACGAGCCGGACGAGCCGGACGAGUUCAGUGAUUCAGAGGAGGAGCCGGUGUGGGAGGCGGUGGACGCCCGUGGCAGGCCACUCUCGAGGCCUCCCAUUGCAGCCUUUUCCGGCUUUGAAACCAGGGGCUCUGAGAGACCCCGUGCAGUGCCUGCCUUGGACUUGGCCCCCCCCGCUUUCGCUGCUUUCGCCGGCUCCGAAGCCUCCGAAGCGGCCGAAGCGGCCGAGGCUCCCAAAGCCGCACCCGUGGACUUUUUUGGGGCCUCAGACAAAGAGCUCACGGCCUCGCCCCGGGACACUGCCCAGCAAAGGGAGCGAGAACCUGAGGAGGAGGAGAGCGAAGAGCUCGAGGAAGAAGAGGAAGAGGAAGACCAAGGCCUUUUUGGUGCGCUCCUCACUGGAGCUGGCAUUUCUUCGGAACCGAAGAAAAAGAAGCCCAUUGAUAUUAGCGCUCGAUUUAUGGCAGGUGCUUGCAUGGUUCGCACACCACCCCUGGGUGUACCCGAUUUCAGGGAGUUUCGCAGGAAGGGGGCGAGUUCUGUCAAUGUGGUGUGCGACAUACUGUUGAACAAGCGCAUGGAAGGGUGCUUGGGCGAAGCUGACACGGCAAAGACAGCUCUUGACUACGUUGUGGCAGUGUCAAUAAAUGCAGAGCAUUUUGCCGAAGCAGGUGAAGCCUGGAAACACGUAGGCAUCAUCACAGACAUACUUCACUUCUUCCCAUUGUGCGCGCAGAUUCACUUGUGGUCCCUUGAAGCCUUGAUGUCCCUUUUGCGCUCGGAGGAGAGCCACAAGGCAGAUAGCUUGGCGCGACCUGUUUUCGACUCAGUCACCGACCUGAUCACUAUUCACUUGGAAGACAGGGGCUUGAGAACAGCCACGCCGGAGCUGCCAAUGCGGCUGUUGGCCAGUAUUGCUUUGUCAUUGACACCGGACAAUGUGAGACGCCUCACCAACACCCAUGUGAACUUUGCCCUUUCCUUGAUGAAGGAGCCAGAUGUGUACCCGCUGACUACGGAGCAUGGUUUGCAGAUCAUCCUGCUGGCCAACAAUACCUCCAAUCUGCGAGGCCAGGCGGACGCAGCAAAACUCGCCCUGCGCUGCUUCAAGGCUGAGCCUCGCUUGGUGCCAAGGGCCCUUUUGGCGCUGGGCACCAUCUACAAUGCGGCGAAAGGGAACGGCGGCGCAAUCCUGGUGAAAGAGCCAAAGCCCUCGGAUGCUUUGGAUGAUGCAGAGGAAGAGAUGGUGCCAGUAGGCUUCCGUGACAUCACCACCACCAUGGAUGUCUACGCAAAGGACCGCAAGGUUCAAGGCGCAGGCGCGCGUGCUCUCGAGAGUGCCCUGGAUGUAGGCGGAGUCAGCCUCAAGGCUUUGACUCGCGAUGGAAUGCUGCGGUCCGUGACUUUGGCGCAUCAGCGCUUUCCUGAGAGCCGCUCCGUGGCGCUGGCCUUGUGCCGCAUCAUCGGCAAGGUGACACUUCGGGAGCCCGACCUGGUCUCCCCCGAAGUAGGCAUCGCCGUGCUGUCGGCUGGAGCUUCCCUCCCUCGGGAUGCCGAGGUGGUUGUAGCUUCUUUGGAAGCCGUCUACGUGCUAGCGCCCAAGCUGAGGAACCUUUGGAGCGCUGCCACCAACCAGGUGGAUCGUUUGGCCAUGGUCGCUGCAGACCUGGUGCGCCUAGGGGAAGUACGCCACAAGGACUCCCAUUGCAUCGGCAUGCUGCUGGUGAUCCUGACCUGUCUAGCCAGCGACGGCCAUGGACAGAACCCAGGAGGAGUGCAGGGGGAGCGUUGGCGCACGGCCUUCGGGCGGGCAGCUGCUGUUGCCGUGCCCUUGAGGGUGUUCUUCGAACAUAAAAAUGUGGACAUGGUCACUGCUGCGGGCAUCGCCCUGCGCAGCCUUACCUACGGCUCUGAGGAGUCUUGCGCGCAUGCCGCACGGGCGCGCGCGUGCCCCAUUUUGCUGAGCACCCUGACCACUUACGCCCACAAGCCGGCGACCACCCGGGAGGUGAUGGCGGCGCUGGCGAACGUGGCAUGCACCAAGUCUAUCAAGGAGGACUUUCAGAAGGGCCUCCCUGCGACGGCAGAGGUGAUUUACUAUGCCAUGGAGCACUCUGCGGACAGAGAGCCGGAUGUUCUUGCGCAGGGCUGCAGGGCAUUUGGUGCUCUUUACGCGACUCCGAACAAUGAGGUGAAUCUCGGCCUCAAGCCUGGAGAGAAGAUGAAGUCAGCAACAGUGAUCCAAUGGGCCAAGCUGAACAAUGCGAUCAUGAAAACGGUGAUCGGCAUCACAGUGCACAAUGGCGAUGCUGUUGAGGGCAGUGCCUUUGAAGUGUUUGGCGGUUCUGAGCCAAGGCAGCAGAAGUUGGAGGCGACUCGUCGGCGCCUGGGGGAGCUCUGCAUGCACCUGGCCAAUGGCUCCCUAGCCAGCGGCCCGCAGUUUGGCCGGCUGCUGACACCUGGUGGCGAGCCCACGGCGGAGUGCACCCCCCGGUGGAGCUCGGUGCGCCUGCGCCUGCAAAACCGCGCGGAGCGGCGAGAGAAACCCAAGGCACCAGAGACCCCCGAGGCGCCCAAAGCGGAGUCAGAUGAAGAUUGAGCCUGUGUCAAAGCCAUGCGAACACCCGAAAUUGGUCUUUUCCCUUUUUCC